AUGCAAACCUCUCCCCGCAGACGUUCACCAUAUGAUGGUAUCUGUGAUGUAUAACAUCUCUCUUUGCUAAUCAUUUUUAUACUGCAUGCUUUUCUGGUAGUUGUGGUAAAUCUUUAAAAAUAUCUGACUUCUUAGUCUGUCAAGUAACCUAAUACCACUCACACUUUUAAACUGAAGCAUUAUUCUUUUGCUCUGGUCAUAACAAGAGAUCUUGUUUGUCACCAUUUCUUAAAAUAAAUGAUUAAUACUUAAUAACUUAUAGAACUGUAUAUAUUAAAUAAAGUAUAGUUUUUACAGCACUAUCACCUAAAUCCAGAAUAAGUAAGUUUAGAAAUAAAAAGAAAAAAAAUUUGAAAAAUGAAAGAUUCUGAUGUUUUAAUUUGACAGACUAAUAAUGCACUGAAAUUUUUUGAUAAUUCAACUACUCAUAAGUUUAAAGCUGUGUUAACUGUGCUGAAUUCUUGGGAAAUUUUCUUGUCUAAGACUGUAGAUUUUCAAUCCCUCAGUUUGGAAGUUUAUGCUAUUGUCUGAGUAGCUUGCAAGUGGACUUGGAAAACAACAGUUACAAUCAAAUAAUUUAGAAUCUUUGUAUAUCAGACCCAGCAACAACUGUUGAUUACUCUGUAUCUGUUUGAAAUUCUUGUUUGUAUGAUGUUUAUUUUAAACAUUGUAAUAUGAUGGUUAAAAGUACAAAUAAUCAGGUGUGUUAUAUAUUCUAAAAGAAGUUUGAUAUGUUCCAAAAGAUAUGUUCUAAAAUGCGAGGACAGUGGUAGGGGGUUUGUCUUUUUUUCAAGAACUAAAAUCACAAAAAAAGCAAAAUUUUUUUGUAUAUAUUCAUCUCUAAAUAUGAAAUCCUUGCAUGGGACAUUUCUUAGACCUGACUUCACAAAAUCACCUUGAUUAUUAAACUCUUCAUGUGAUAAGGAGUAUUUUAUAGUAAAAAAAUUGGAACAGCAUUUAAAAUGAUUUAAAAUCUAAAGGGGACAUGUUUAUUUAUAGCAGUAACUUAAUUACUAGGGUAGAGUUUCCUAAGCCUUUCCCAUGGAUACUUGACUAUAUAUAAAAUUGAUUUAGCAUUGAAUAGACUUCAAUAACCCUCAAAAUUUUAAAUUAAAUACUGUUAGCUUAUCAUUAUUAAAGUGAAACUGGGAAUGUACAAGUGUCUGAGUGCACUAACAAAUUCAGUGUAAUAUUAGUUGUCAUCAAUUACUUGCUGUUAUUAGUUACAGUAAGUGUUGUUUACUCCAAUUAACGUCACUAUUUUCGCUUAAAAAGAAGCCCACAUAGAAAUUUACUCAUGAAAAUGGAAACUAGUUUAAGCCCCUUUCCGUGUUAUUAAUGCCCACUUUGUUUUGUUCCUGUCUCCUUCAGACAACUCCGAUAUGUAUAACCAGAGAAUGCCUGUCCAGAAAAGGAAUGUUCCAUCAGGUAGGCAUUAAUAAACUAGUUUAUUUUGCAAAUUUUGUCCUUGCAAGCAAAUCAGAAGUACAAAUAGUGGCAAUAUAACCCCUUCAAUUCAUAGUAUAUAUAUUUUCAACUUCAGCUCAACAUCGAGGGGGCCCAUUUGGAGGACACAGUGGUCCUACCCCCCUGUUUGAGGAUACAAGUGUAGACCAACAACAAGGAAUGCCAGGAAUGCAAGGGGGGUUUGGACAGUUUGCUGGAAAUGAAUUUCUACAAGGUCCAAUGGCUAAUGUGGCCGUAGGGUAUGGAGCAGCCAUGGCUAAUCAAGGCAAAGAAUAUGUGGAAAAGCAUGUAAGUUCACUAUUUUGAUUGAGCUUUGUAGCUGAAAAUUUUAGCCAUCUUCACAAUAAGGUUAACCAAUUAACUCCCAAGAUCUGAUUGUUAAUUCUCCCUCUAGCUGCUAUGCAUUUCCUCAUUAAUUGCCUAUGAGAAUUUGGUGUUGGAUCAAGAUAACAACUUCUACCAAAUAAGUUUGAGUCUUCUCAUUACCUGUUUGCUAGAUAAUAUAUGGAAAUUAUGGAGAGAAGUUAUAGGAAUGAAUUAAAAUUUAUUGACUGAUCAUUCCCUGUCAUCAAAAUGUAUUUGUAAUAACUCCUAGUAACUGAUUAGUUUCAUUUUCAAUUUCAUUUUUGUGACUACAGUCGAAUCUGUAUUAAGUGGCCACCCAGUAUUAAGCUGUUGGUUUUCAAAGUUGUAAAAUUUCUUCCACUUAAGUACUGUAAUUUUCACCUACUAAGCUGUCACCUCCAUAAAGUAGUUAUAGUCAUCCUUAACCCUUUAACUCCCAAGAUCUCAUUAGUAAUUCUCCUUACUAUCUCCUGUACAGUUCUUGUGAUGUUAGUUUGGAGGAUUUAGUAUUGGAUCAUCUUAUAAUCCCCUAACUGAUAUUUUUCUUAAUUCUCAUAACUUGUCUGCUUGAUAUUGUUUUGAUAUUGUAAGGAGAAAUUCUUUCUUGGUCACUUAUGGGAGUUAAAGGGCUAACUGAGUUCCAAGAGCCUGUUUAUAUGUUCUUCCAUCUGUAUUUUGAUAUCAUUUAAAACUGGCCAUUAAACUAACUAAAGUCUAAUAUUCUCUAAAGUCAAAAUUAUUCCAUGCCUGUCUCCCUAAGUCAGUGUUAGCACUUUGAAUUCAAAUUUCCUCAAUGCAGUACAGAUUAUCUUUCCUCUUAGCACUGUUAGGACAAAACGUUAUUUUUUUAUCAUGCUUGACCUCUAUCUUUUUGAACCUGCAUGAACCUUUUAACUCCCAUGAGUGACCAAAACAGAAUUUCUCCUUACAAUAUCAAUAUAAAAUCAAGAAGACGAGUGAUGAGAAUAAAGAAAAAUAUCAAUUACGGGAUUAUUAGUUGAUGCAGUACCAAAUUCUCAGAAGUAAAGUCAAAAUAUUGUAUAGCAGACAGUAAGGAGAAUUACUAAAAAGAACUUGGGAGUUAAAGGGUUAGGUGGUCACCUUGCCAUUCCCCUUGGGUUCAGGUUCAACUGUAUUAAAUGUGGAUGUAGUAAAUUAAAUAUUAAAUUGUGUUUGCCAUUUUUUUUUUUUUUUUUUUUGCAGAUUGACCGAUUUGUUUCAGUAUCAAAAUUAAAGUAUUACUUUGCUGUGGACACGACAUAUGUUGUCAAAAAACUGGGACUUCUCAUCUUCCCUUUCACGCACAAAGUAAGUAAGGAAAUGAUUUUGUGGACAUAACUCUCACAGGGCUUUUUCUAAUGUUCUCUUUUUUUUCACCUGAUACAAUACUAUUGCAUCUUCUCCCAGGAGUUUUUGGUGAUCAGGGUUUUUUCAAUGAGAAUCAGGUUGUCUGCUGAAAGUUUUGGAGUAAGUGGAGAAAAUUGAGGUUGCAUUGCAUAAGGUCCAAUCAAAAAAGAACAAAGGCAGGUGGAACUGUGGUCAUGUUGGAAACAUUCGAAGCUGUGCAUGUGGAAAAAUCAUUGGCUGCCCAGCUUUAAAAAGCUUAUUAUGUUGCAUAAGUUACUCAAAGAAAAAUUUGAAGAGUUGGUUGCCUGAGUUUGGAACCCCAGCUUUGCUCGAGUGAAGCAGCACUGAUACAAAACAGUAAUCUGUUACCUAUUGUACAGUGUUACUACCAAUUACUAGAUUGAAAUGUGGCUGUUUCUUUACCUAGAACUGGUCAGUGCAGUAUAACAAGUCAGAACCGGUUGCACCAAGAUAUGAAGUGAAUGCCCCUGAUCUCUACAUUCCAGGCAUGUUUUCAAACUUUGAAGGAACAUAGUCACUUUCAACUCAAAACUCAGCUUUGUUUGUCAUAUUUGCAACAGUAUUCCUGAUUUUGUUGCCCCCAAAGGUCAUUCCUCUCUCAUUACCUUUAUACCCAAAGUCAAAAUAUUUCUUAUCCCUUGUAGGAGUUGCAAUGUACUGUGCACAUUUUCCAAGAGCACUCUAUUUAUGUUGAGUGAACUCCACAAAACUUUCAUCCAUCCAGAAUUUAUAGUUUUCAUAGCAUCAAAAUUUUUGUGUGUAAUAUAUGUCUAAAUGGCAGUUGUAAGCUUUGGUGGUGUGCAUGGGAAAGGAAAACCUUGAAAAAUACCAAACAAAAUAGUGAAUUGAAAUUUGAUACUUGGAAUUGAGCUGAAAACCUCAAGGCAGCUAGACGACCUAUUUCAUUCUUUUUUGUUUUGCAGUGAUGGCAUUUGUUACAUACAUUCUUGUUGCUGGGCUAGUUAUGGGAACACAGAACAGGUAAACAUUUCUUUAAAAAUUUGAAAUUUGUCUGCACGAUGUGAUCAUAUGGUAACUUGACUCUUUCUUUUGCCAGAUUCACUCCUGAACAGCUGGGUAUCACAGCCAGUUCUGCUCUUGUGUGGCUGUUUGUUGAAAUAAUGGCUAUCCUCUUUUCCAUGUACAUCUGCAAUGUGCAGGCAGAGAUCAAGUGGCUUGAUCUUUUAGCAUUUUGUGGCUACAAAUAUUUUGGGUGAGUGUUAAAGUGAGAGAAAAAUCCUUUUAUCCCCAAGAGUGCUUUAUGGGUUAUUAAUCACUCUCUUUCUCUCUCUCUCUCUCUCUCUCUCUCUCUCUCUCUCUGCAAGAAAAUUGUUUCACUGCUCCUUGAUUUUAUUCUUGAAUGACUUAACUAAUACCCAUUAUGACCUCUUUUAGUGGAUAAGGAAUGAUUUCACUGUCUGUAACAUCAAUAUUUUCUUGUAUGCCAUGCAGAAGAAAAUUAAAAGUUCAUGUAAUGAAAUUGUGAUUUACAGAUUGAUUUGGCAUAGUUUACGCCUUCUUUAAACUUCUUAGAGUGACACUAUUUAUUCCCUGGAUAUACUGUAUGUAUGAUUAUACUAAUACUAGUGUGAUAGCUCUGGUGAUCAUAGGGUCAAUGCUCGUGAUUGGUCAAGAUUCACAUCAUGUUUAGCCAUAAUAACCCACUUGAUGUGAUUAAAACACUAAAGCACUAAUUUCCAAAAUGUCUGUGCAAGCUUUUGAAAGAAAACCAGUACAAUGAAAGAAAAUGCAGUUGCUCUUGUAAUCACCUAAACAGUUAUGCCUAAACAAAUUUUCCCUCUCAGGCUCAAUAAGUAUUGUCAAAAAUUGCAAAAAAGGUGUUUUUUUUUUGGUCUGUAGGAUGAUUGUGAGUUGCCUUGGUGGACUUGUUUUUCAUUCCUUUGGUUAUUAUCUUAUCCUCUUAUGGAUGAGCAUCAGCAUUGGAUUUUUCAUGGUAUACUUGCAGUUGUAUUUCUGGUCACAGUUUUUUUUUCCUUAGAAUAAUAACUUCUCUGGGUGGUAAACUUUUGCAUAAUAUUGUAAUUUUUGAGUGACUCUCAAACUUGUUUGUAUUCUCUGAUUUGUAUGCCUGCAGUGCUGCUAUAUUUUUGGCAGCCAAAUACCCAACUUUUCACAAAAUGUGUGGCUGUUGUCUUGUAUAUUUAUGGCAAAGAGGCAAGGUAAAAUUCCACAGAAGAGCUGGUUAAUGGGCAAGAGUGAAGGGGGGGAUGCCUUUUCUCACCCAUCCCUCUUGCCUACUUCAAUUGGUGGCUUGAUAAGCUAUCAUCGGCUUAGAGCACCAAAAUGCAUUUCCUUGUGAGAUUUCUGUAUUGUAGUCUAAUACAGAGGCAACCUUACACUCAGAUGACACAGGGAAGGAUGGGAAGGGACUUGUGAUGGGUUACCAAUACAUCCAGGGAGGGUGAAAGGGGGGGCAGUGCUACUCCAAGUUUCUUCUAGUUGAUGGGUAGACUUGUCAUAGCGGACCAAUUAGUAAUUUGCCUCCACAGUAUUAUGACAUUUUCAAGUAUACAGAUCAUGAGAAAAUGGAAAAAUGUCAAUUACGGGUUUGAUUUACCCAUAAAUUCUUAGUGCCAGCAUGGCAAGUAAUGUGUGCUCGGCGCAAAUGAGACUAAAUCUUUAGUUCUUGGCUGUAAACAGCUUAAACACUUAUAUUUUGAUUUGUGUUUCAGGUGCGCACCUUGAGGUUAAUUAUUGUACCAGAAUCUGCACCUGAUGGGAUCGCCAGAGCAAGCAAACGAAGAAUAUAUCUUCUGUUAUUUAUAGCCGUGUUGCAGCCCUUGUUCAUGUAUUUCUUAACAAGUCAUUUGAGACCAGUCUCUUCAGAGUCCUUAAAUGGCCCAAAAGCCACCUUGUAA